AUGGGUCUAAAGUAUCGCACGUAUCUUGAUGGAACGCUCAUUUAUGGAUGUGCCAAAUGCAAAACCCACCUAACUACUGGGGAUGCGAUCGAGUCCAGGCAAUUUCAAGGUCAACAUGGUCAAGCCUACCUCUUUAACUACGUGGUCAAUGUUUUACAAGGUGCGACUGAGGAUCGAAACAUGACGACUGGAAUGCACAGUGUCAGGGACAUUUCCUGUGAGAAAUGCAUGACCACUCUAGGAUGGACCUAUGUUAAAGCAUACAACGAGGAGAAUAAGUACAAGGAAGGAAAGUUCAUUCUAGAGAAACGACUAUUGAUUGAUGUGAAAUGA